AUGAACACGGUCAACCCCACCGACAACGAGUGCCAAUACACAUACAAGCCGUGCACGAACCCGCGAUCGCGAAAGAAGAGCGGGUCACUCCACUCGUUCUGCGAGAAGCGCCUGCGCGAGGCAGACGCGAUGCGAGCUAUCACGACGUCUCGGCCAACACCGAUCGAACCGACUCGAACACGGUCAAUUGCUACGUCGGCAUCGUUUGACGUCGAAGACAUCCGCUUCUUGAACGAGUGGCUGCUCGAUACCAACAACGUUGACGCUGACGACUACCUUGACGAGACGAGUAGCAGUACGAGUCCCUUGACCGCCGAAGACUAUGCCAUCUUGUGUGACAUCUUUCGUGGGCCUUGA